GCGCCCCAAACCCCCCAAAACGGCGCCGCCCGGCUGGUUUUGGGCUGUCAGCAGCUGUCCGGCGCUGGGCAUGGAGCGUGUGCGGGGAGCUGGGGCCGUGCUGGCGGUGCUGGUGGUGCUGGGAGCCCCCCCGGCUGCGGGCGAGGAGCUGUCGGGGGUGUUCCAGUUUAUGGGAAAGUCCGAGUGUCACUUCAUCAACGGCACCGAGCAGAUGAGGCUCGUGGCGAGGUACAUCUACAACCGGGAGCAGUUUGUGCACUUUGACAGUGACGUGGGGGUCUAUGUGGGGGAUACCCCAUUUGGGGAGAGCUGGGCCAGAUACUUCAACAGCAUCCCGGGAAAGCUGGAGUACCGUCGGUCUGCGGUGGACAGGCUCUGCCGGCACAACUACGACGGGUUCACUCCCUUCCUGGUGAACCGCAGAGAGCUCCUGAGCCGCUGGCGGCCGCAGCCCCUCCCCGUGGCCUCGGGCCCAGCCGGGAAACCCAAACCCUACGCUGAUUUGGGCGGGUUGCCUCUCCCCCCCUUCCCUGCUUUUGUUCUCACCCCACUCAGCUGCUCCCAAUGUUCCCAGUAA